UUGAUGCAGCUGUGGAGUCCAAUGGAAGCCUUCGUUCCAACCCGGAGGAGACAAUUGAGUGCGGUUUGCACUGCAAUAGAGAGUCGAUUUCAUCAGAUGUGCUUAUAAAUCGUGUCUUUUCUGCACAGCCUGGAUCCUCCAUUGUCCUUGUUUAGUUCUAAAUGUGCUGAUUAACCGUAAAAGGCGUCUGCUCGGCCUUGUUUAUACUGUACAGCUUGAAGCAGGGAAGCAGGCCCGGUGGUCCUAUGCGAGUUUAACGGCCGUUUUGGCUCAGGAGUGUGUUUAGUGCGGAUCGGCCCUUUAUCUCACCAAAGAACAUGAUCCAGAUGCAACAAUGACAUCCAGAUUUGGUAAAACCUACAGCCGCAAGGGAGGAGAGGGCACAUCCAAGUUUGAUGAAGUUCUGUCUUCAAAGAGAGGCACCCUCAGCACCAAAUGGGGAGACACCACCUACAAAGCCAAGGUAGGCGCCAAGCGCAGUGGCGCCCCCAAGAAUGACUCAGUCCUGGAGGUUUACAAGAGGCCCCGCCCCUCUGGAGACGGCUUGGAAGACCCGUUUGGGUUUGACAGCGAUGAGGAGUCUAAACCGGUGUCAUCCCGGAGUGGCAGCAAGUCAUCACCUGCCAAACCAGCUUCGGCAGAGCCUCCACAAGCAGAGAGACCAGGCGUCUCUCUGGAUGCAGGGAGCAGGUCCAGCUUCCUGGGAGGAACUGCUGCGUCCAGCUCAGGAGCAUCAUGGCUGCCUGGUGACAGGAGCCAGCCCAAAGUGAUGGAGGACACGGCCUGGUUCAUCAACAGCAGUGCAAGUACAGGAAAGUCCAAGCAGAGCUUGUCGUCAUCGUUGGAGAACCAGCACAGCUACUCAUGGUACCAAAACGCUGCUGAGAGUGACAGGAAGCCGCUCGCCCAGACCACCACCCUGAAGACUGGGUCCAAGGCAGAAUCCACCUAUGACUCCUGGGAUGUUAUUAUGGGUCUCCGCCCACCUUCGCCCACACAGGAACCUCGUAAUCCUGCCACUACGCUCUCUUGGGCCUCAACCGGCAUCGGUGCGGGAAGCCUGGACCCGGUGCAGACCCGGCACGAGAAGCCCCCCUCCCCUCCACGGCUUCAAAGCCUCAGUGAGAGCGACAACCUGGUGGGGACAUCUGACCUUGUUGAGACGUCAUAUUUCUCCCAGACUUCCAGCUCAUUAUCACUUGAAAGAAACUCUAACUGUCGGACAUACAGGAGGCCCAACAAACAGGUUUCUGGCAAAGCCUCGGACUCCAGCGGUUUUACCAGCGCCGUUUUUGGCUCAGAUCUUCCCAAAUCCACAACCGACGGCAACAAUAGCAAAAUGAUAGCAAAACAAGGAGGUGGAGGUAGUCGGGGCAGGGCGAGGGACUACACGGUGCUGCAGCCGUCCUCCAUGUCAAUGUGCAACGUCACCAUCCCGGACCGGGCGGUGGACGACUUUACUACUGAUGCAGCGCCGGUGAGUGGCAGCAGCGGCAGCACCAGUUCUACCAGUACAGCACAGCUGGGAGAGUCGGGAUGGCAACGGAAGAAACCCGAAGCGCAAAACUCAAGGUUUCGGCAGACCCAAACCAAGUCCAAGAAGGACAGUAAGCAGAACCUCUUCGGCUUCGAAGACGCAGACUCUCACAUGGACGAGAACAGUACCGACAGCACAGACGGCCGGUCCAGUUACAAAAUCAAAUACUUCGGCUUCGAUGACAUGAGCGACAGCGAUGGUGCUGAAGACGACAACAGCGGCUGCAAAGAAAGGAGGAGGGCCAAGAAGACGUCCAUCUCCAAGGUAACCACAGCGGUUACCACGGAGGAAACGCCGGAGGAUGAUUUCCUGGAUUCAUUUGAGAUGCUGGAAAACCGAGAAAGGCCAACAGUCAAGGAGAGCAAGAAGAACUCUGUGAGACUGGAGAGCAGAAUACAAGGAGAUGUCCUGGACUUCUCUGAAGACGACCUCAGGGUGGUGGCCAGCGGUCCCAGGAGGCCCCCGCUGGGCAAACCGGCUGACAAGAACCCGGAUACCUUCCGCAGGAUCUUUAGUGCACAUAAGAAGUCUCCCACCAAAGCCGUGUACAACGCCAGACACUGGACUGUGGAGAGUGAAGAGGAGCCUCCUCCACCUUUCUUCUCACGGUCUCAUGCAACACCUGCCUCAGUCACAGCUGGAGGCUCCAAUAAGGAGCCGUCUGACUCCCAGAAGGACGAUGGCGUUUUCAAGGCUCCGCCUCCGCCUCCUAAAGUCACAAAGUGUGUCAAGGUCCCGACAGAUCCCUGCCAGGACACUGUCACUGCACUCAAGUGUCACAAAGAACACAAGGAGCUGUAUACGGUGGUCCAGCACGUGAAGCAUUUCAACGAUGUGGUGGAGUUUGGAGAAAACCAGGAGUUCACUGAUGACUUUGAGUACCUAGCUACCGGUCUGAAGACUGGACAACCGCUCAACACACGAUGCCUUAGUGUGAUCAGCCUGGCAACCCGCUGUGCCAUGCCCAGCUUCAGGAUGCACCUUAGGGCCAGAGGGAAGGUGGCUCAGGUCUUCAAAACCCUCAACGACGCCCCACAGCACCCGAACUUGGCUCUGUGCACGGCAUCUCUGAUGUACAUCCUGAGCCGAGACCGGCUGAACAUGGAUCUGGACCGAUCUUGUCUGGACCUGAUGAUCCGCCUCCUUGAGUUGGACCAGGAUCAAGGAGGUGGGGCAGGGAUGGAUUCCAGCACCCAGUUCAGCGCCAGAGAGCUGGCCAAAAUAAAGGAGAAGAUCCGGAAGCUGUGCGACACCGUGCACAACAAGCAUCUGGACCUGCAGAACAUCACGACGGGGCAUUUAGCCAUGGAGACGCUGCUGUCUCUGACCUCAAAGCGAGCCGGAGACUGGUUCAAGGAGGAGCUGCGGCUGCUGGGAGGCUUGGACCACAUAGUGGACAAAGUGAAAGAGUGUGUGGACAACCUGAACCAGGAAGACGAGGAGGAGAAGCUGGUGUCGUCGCUGUGGGGAGCAGAGAGGUGUUUACGGGUGCUGGAGAGUGUGACGGUCCACAACCCGGAGAACCAGAGCUACUUGAUCGCCUACAAGGACUCGUCUCUGAUCAUCUCCUCUGCAAAGGCUCUGAGGAGGUGCGAGCAGAUGAUCCAACGUUACAACCGGGAGGUGAACUCAGACGGGGCCGUGGUGGGGAAAGCAGUAGAGAACUGCAUGAGGGCCAUCAUCGGCGUCCUGCUCAACCUGACGCACGACAACGAGUGGGGCAGCACAAAGACCGGAGAGCAGGAGGAUUUGAUAGUGACGGCUCUGAACUGUGUCCUCAAAGUCCCUCAAUAUCUUCCUCAGGAGCAGAGGUUCGACGUCAGAGUGCUGGGUCUGGGUCUGCUCAUCAACCUGGUGGAGUACAGCGCCAGGAACAGAUACUUCCUGAUGGAGAUGGAGAUGGAGGGAGGUCAGGGUCCCUGCGACUCCACCGUCCUGCUCAACCCGCCGCACCAGGACGCCCCCCGCACCGGCCCGCUGAGCGCCAUCGCUGCUCUCGUUCAGGUGCAGCCUCCAUCAUCAUGUCGGGAUAACUGUCACUCAAGCAAAUAUUUUUUCCUAACAAAAACUCCUCCUCCUCAGCUGUUCCUCCAGCGGGAGCGGGCCGCCGUCCUGGCUGAAGCGCAGACCGACGACCUCAUCAAGGAGGCUCCGAAGGCCACGCUGGACCAGAGUGGGGAGUGGCAGGAGACGGGCGGGGAGAUCCAGUGGGUCGCCAAGGACGACGCCAACAAACAGGACGACGGCAAGAAGAAGGAGAAAGACGAGGAGGAUGAUGAGCUGGACCUAAACAAAGCUCUGCAGCAUGCAGGGAAGCACAUGGAGGACAGCAUCGUGGCCUCCUACACGGCACUGCUGCUGGGCUGCCUCUGUCAGGGAAGCCCGCUGAAUGUGACGACUGUGAGAGAAAACCUGCCAAAAGGAGAUUUCUCCAUCAUGACAGAAAUGCUGAAAAAGUUCCUGAACUUCAUGAACCUCACGUGUGACGUCGGCACCACGGGACAGAAGUCCAUCUCCCGGAUCAUCGACUACUUGGAGCACUGCUAGAGAGAUCCUGUCACACACACACACACACACACACACACACACACAUGCACACACAUCUUCAUCCCCACAUCCUCCUCUUCCUCCAGUUCCACAGUUUUUUCUCCAUCGGUGGAUUCGGAACCUUUUAGAUUUGCUUCUUAGACUUUGACUGAAGUUAAAAUCCGCGUCAGUAUUUCGUGUUUAAGUCUUGACUCCAUCCACAGUUAAUUUAUUAAAUUUUUUGUUUUGCGGCUCCUCUCUGAUAAAACCGGUCCGGUGGUUCGAUUGGUGGCAGAUUGAAGCGAAGCCUGAAUUUCCCUCCAGCCCGUCACCAAAGCUCGCGGCGAGCCGAGCUCAACCGGACUCUGGCUGUCUGCUGCUGUGGCCUCGGUUCUGCUAGGAGACGUGUUAUUGAUCUUUUCGGGGCCAGGAGCCCAGAGGCAGGCCCUGGACUGUUAGCUCCAUUAGCUGUUUCUAUCCAGCGACUGCAGAAUCAGAGUUUUAAUCCGUUGUCACGUUGCUCUGGAAGUUCAGUCGUUCUGCACACAGAACCACAACCCAGGUCCCUCCAUCAAAGCUUGGCAUGUCGGUGGGACCGAGCCCUUCAGGCCAGAACCCAGAGCCUCACCGACGUCCACACUUUGUUCCUCUGACUCUUCUGAUUUCAACAGUCCCAGGAGGUGAAUGUAAGACGUGGACAUUAGUGAGGUUUAUCAGCUGUUACCAGUCUGAGUUUCCAUGGUAACGAGGCUGUAUAUUGGUACCAGAGUUAAAUCCGUCAUGUUUCUGACAACCGACGAGCAGAUGAACGUUGUCUGGUUGUGACUCGUUCAGAAGUUCCAGCUCACAACAACUUCGCCGUUAUUUUAAAGACAUCCGUCAGCAUCAGUUGUUUCCACAUCCAUCUUCAGAGCCGAGUUUUUAAAAAUCAUUUUAGACCUUUAUCUGAGAAAAAGCGUUUAAAGCUUUAAAUGUUUUAUUUGUUCCUUCAGUUUUCCAGUUUCCUUCUUAAAGUCAUAUUUUAAUUUUAAUUUUCCCAAGUCUGAACACGUUCUAUGAAGAUGUCCUCAAUGUUAAAGCUUAGAGUUAGCUCGUGUUAUCGUUGUUCCUCUGGUCACACACACACACACACACACACACCUUUACAAAGUUUACAAGAGCUUUAUUCACAGACGUCUGCGGGAAUGAUUGGAAGAGCUUUUGUACAUAGUUCCUGUAAAUAGAUGAAUUUCCUCUGUAGGAGGAGAGUAAUGUGGGUUAAUGGGAGGGGUGGGGGGCUGAGGCUGUAAGUUGGGGGGCGGGUUAAAUUUAAAUUUAGACGUAGACUCUACUUUUUUGAAUCUGACUCUAUUUUUCAUUUUCUAAAGCCUUUUUCUCCCAGAAGUUUGUUUUUGUUUGGACAGGCGGCGAGCUUCUUAACAAGCCAACUGCAGGAAAACUUGAUCUUUGUACCGAUUUGCAGACGUGUGUCUUUGGUUACUUGUACAUAAUUUAAAAAUAAUAAAAAUUGCUACUUUCAGUAA